GUGAUUUUUCAAGUGGCCACGUGUCUUUGCGACUCUUCCGAUAGUACACUUUUCUAAUGCUAUGGAACGAUAUUAUCCAAAACAUGCGUCGCGCGUCUCUCUGAUAUUAUUGUUAUUUUCACCAUACAUGAUGGUAUGGCAAACUGUUUUCCAUUCUUAAUCAGGCGUCAUAACCGAACAGACCUUAGUUUUGAAAACAACGCUUUUUUAACUCUUUUGUGUAUAUACUUCUGAUAGACUUAUCGUCAAUUUAGAGUAGGGGUUUUUUUAUAGCACUAUGAAUAUCUCUGACCUGAUUCCAAUCGAUCUGAGUAAUGAUCGAGAGUUCAGCAAUUCAUCGAUGGACGUUGAGGCGGACAGCAACAAUGAGCGGCAGUUGCAAGAACUACAGUCAGACAGGAGGAUAUCUGUGAUAAGUGAAGUGAUAAAUUGUGAUAAAUCCGAAUCACGAUUUUUGCACUCUACCAGUGAAACGUUACAUUUCAUAUCGGGCCCUGAGAACAUAGUGAAAACGUCAUCACCACAAGAAACGGAAGUUAAUUCCAGUGAUUUCACAAUGCACUCCACCAGUUAUGCGAAACUCGACACCGCUAGUUGUGAUAGAAAUGUAAUUUUUGAAUGUAACAGCCACGAGCUCAAUAUUCCGAGCUUUAGCUCGAGUGAAUCAGUGGGUUCCACUAAGAGUUUGGAACCAUUAAACCAGUACGAUGCUAAUGUGUGGAGAAAAAGAGCGCUUGAAAUUGAAAAAGAUUACAAGAAAACCGCAUGUGACCGCGAGCGAACAAGAAUGAGAGACAUGAACCGUGCGUUUGACCUGCUUCGUUCCAGGCUGCCCCAUACAAAGCCCUCUGGAAAGAAACACUCAAAGAUAGAAUGCCUAAGAUUAGCAAUUCAGUACAUCCGGCACCUUCAACGAGUUCUGCAGUAUCCUACAACGCCUCCGCCACACAGUCAGGAAUGCUACUAUCAUGUAUCUUCUAACAGUUUACCAGCUUCCGUAUCAUCCCAAUCUCCCACGGAUCCCUUCCUUCCCAUGGAUACAAACAAUAAUUGUUUUUCGCCUCCUCCAGCACCACAACAGAAUUCACAGUGGUUCAUAACUAGUAAUGCUGAUGGUUACAGCUACUAUUAUUUACCAUAGCGAGACUACAACUUAUUCCGAUUUUUUAUAAAUUGCUACAAGAUGAUUCGUCA